AUGCCGCCACGUAUCACACAAGACCCGCACUUGGUGCAACCCCCCGACUUUGAGUCGGAACAAUUCCGGGCGCUUUACGCCACCUUAGCCACCGCCGAGCGCACAGUGGACGCUAUCAUAGCCGACUCCCAAAAUGCUUGGACCCAGAACAACGACGCCCAGGUCGAGCAAGACCACGCAGAAGAAGAGGAAGCUAGGGCAGCUCAGGAGCAAGCAAAGCAAGAGGCCGCCGAAGCUGAGAAGCGUGAGAGGGAGAACAAACGGCCCAAGAUAAAAUCCUUCACCCCGAACAAGACGGUCGGGAAGUUGUCAUCUCGUCGACCUUCCCGCUAUGCGAUCCACAAGAUCGAACAACUCGAGAGGCCUGUCUUGAGGCCGAGAGGACGGAAUACUCAGUGGCGAGUGCUGGCUGACGGAGAGAACGUGCUGGCCGCCGCUGCGUACAAGCCAUCCACAAAGGUCGUCCAGGAUGAGAACCUCGAAUGGCGCCAAAUCAUCAAGGCGAAGGACUACAUGCUGGAGGCCAUGGUGGACGCAGGCUGGCCCGAGGAACAUGUCAUGGCCCUUGGUGUAUUCUUUCUCGAGCUCGACAAGCACCCAAUCAGCGACCUAGAGGGGGGAGAAACCGCUGUUCUACUGUACCAGGCGCGCAUCCGCUGUAGGUGGAUGGAAGACCUCAAGAGCACCAAUGACGAGGAAGUCUUCGACAUCAGUGUUGUCAAUGACAAACGGCUGGAUGAAAUGUACAGCGAGGUGCUCAACCUCCGUCAGGCCCAAGGCAUUAAACGAACCUUCGCACCUGCCAAUAAAUCAUCAAUUGACACCUUCUCCGAGGAAUACAACCACAACGUCCAAAUUGAGUUCGAACGUGGGAGAUACAUUGGGCCAGCUUCCUGUGCGGAGGUUGAAGCCCUCCUGGGUCCCUUCCAGACUUCUCCGCUCUCUGUCAUUCCCAAGCCUGCUAAACCGGGCAAAUUUCGCCUCAUACAAAACCUCUCCUACCCUCUCAAAGCCAUUGACAUCACUUCCAUCAACAGCGGCAUCAACUCAAACCAGUUCCCGUGCACCUGGGGAACCUUCUCCGUCAUCUGCCUUCUCAUCUCGCGGCUUCCCCCAGGCUCACAAGCAGCAGUUAGAGACGUCAAGGAAGCCUAUUGA